AUCGCUAUCAAUCGCAUCAUAUGUGUCAUGUUGCUGAUAUUGAGAGUCUCCUUAUCAGGAGCUCAGUGGCUACGUGUCCGCAACGCUGUUAACACAAAGUGACAAACAUGGCCGACUAUAGAGCUGGAAAAGCCGGCAUUAACGCCGAAGCACAGGCAAGGAUCAACAGCAAAUACAACAAUGAAAUCGCCCAAGAAACUCUCGAAUGGAUCCAAAAGAUCACCGGAUCACCAGCAAAUACGUCCGGUGACGCUGAAAAUCUCUAUGAAGUCCUCAAGGAUGGCACUCUCCUCUGCAACUUAGUCAACAAGUUCCAAGAGGGUUCCGUAAAGAAGAUCAACCAAUCGACGAUGGCUUUCAAAUGCAUGGAGAAUAUAAACGCGUUCCUAGAAGCAGUCAAGAAACUAGGUGUGCCACCGCAAGAGACCUUCCAAACUAUAGACUUGUGGGAGAAACAAAAUCUUUACUCUGUGGUUGUAUGCUUGCAAUCCUUGGGCAGAAAAGCGGGAAACUUUGGCCUACCAUCUAUAGGUCCCAAAGAAUCUGACAGAAAUGUUAGAGAAUUCAGCGAGGAACAGAUGAAAGCCGGCCAGAACGUCAUAUCGUUGCAGUACGGUACGAACAAGGGACAACAGAGCGGCAUCUCCUUCGGUAACAGACGCCAAAUGUGAAUACCUGUAUAGUAUUAUGUAAUGUUUUUUUACUGAAAAAUAAAUGUUUUUGUAAUUUAUUA